UUUUUUCGUGUUGUAUAAGAGUGCAAAUAGUAACUUGGAAAACUACAAUUCCCUACUCUUAAAAACUCACUACGCCAGUGCUGUCAGACUACGUAGAAGGUCACACGCGUGCUUGAGAACUCAGAGGCUGCAACUGAGAUAAAAAAUUAAAAAAAAACUCUGUCAGUCGACUUAUUACACGGCUAACCUAGCUUAAGAUUUCACAUCAUCGCUGCAAUGUUUAGAAGCCUUGCAAGACUCCACCAUCAGUUCGGAAAAGCACUGUCGCAGUGUAAAACACGCACGAAGCCUCAAAACUUCGAAUGCUCGUUAAAAUACUCCUCAUCGGCCGCGACAGAGAGAAAACGAUUUUAUCAGGACGUCAGUAUAUCUCAAGGUGAAGGAGGUUUAUUUGAGAUAAACCUAGACCGAAGGAAGCUGAAAACUCCUGGAGGAAAGCUGUUCACGGUGCCAAAUGAAGCCCUCGCCAUCGCCGUGGCAACUGAAUGGGAUGCUCAAAGGGAUACGCUCAAGUUUUACACCAUGCACAUGACAACACUUUGCAACACUGCUUUGGACAAUCCCACACAACGCGACAAGGACCAAAUGAUCAGUGCGGCAUUGAAGUUUCUGGAGACAGACACUGUUUGUUACAGAGUUGAAGAGCCCUACGGUUUGGUUGAUCUACAGAAGAAUGAAUGGGACCCUGUAUUGCAAUGGAUUGAGAACAGAUAUAACGUAAUUAUCGGGUCCUCGUCCAAUAUUAUGGGCCCAGACAUCCCUCAGGCUACCAAAGAGACAUUCUGCCAACAUCUCAAAUCAUACAACUUCUGGUCUCUCACAGGACUUGAGUACGUCAUCACCCAGCUGAAGUCUGUCGUGUUAUCACUUGGGAUGAUUGACAGACAUUUGAGUGUGGAGCAGGCUGUGCUGCUCUCUAGGCUGGAGGAAGAAUACCAGAUUCAGUGCUGGGGAAACGUGGAGUGGGCUCACGACUAUGACAUGUACGAGCUAAGGGCUCGCACUGCUGCCGGCGCUCUGUUUGUUCACCUCUCGUCUGAGAGUUCGACUGUCAAACGCAAACUUUUGCAGGAUUGAGAGGAAGCUAAAAGAACAAAAUGCAAGCUUCCAGAUCAAGUGACUCAACACAAUGUAUGACUCAAAUAGUAUAUAUCCUGUUAACUUUAUUCUGUAUUGACAGCUGCUCAGUCUCUCACCCAUUGUGCUCAUCUCCACCCUUCAAAAUACAUUCUUUGUCUGACAGACACCAAAUGUGUGUGUGUGAGUUAGAGGAGCCCAUCCCAGCUAACCUUUGGGUUUCCAGCCAGCUGUCUACUACAUUGAAACAUGCUAAAUGUGUGGAGAAUGCAUUAAAUAUUUCUGACCAAUAGAUUUGCAGGAGCUACCACAAUAUGCAUAUAAAAUGCACAUCAAUACAGUCAAAUCGUAAUGGUUAUUUAAAGUUGCAAAGCAGACAAUUAAAAAAAACAGUAAUACUUUCUUGCUACAAAAUCAGAAAAAGAAACACAACCAUAAAACAA